CAGGUUUCCAAACGCUCGGCGGCGCCAUGGGCUUGAGAGCUAAACGGAGAUGGAAUGUCCCAGUCUGAACCGGUUUUAGCCGGUUGCGAGUGUGUUGCACUAGAGCAGAAGAAGCGCCUGUUUGAGCCUCCCGACUCGCUGCGCCUCACAGCACGGGGACAGCAUCUCUCACAGCCCAGCCCGAGCCACCGGGGAGCCCAGCCCUGUAUGAACGUGCCCGGGCACUGCCUAUAAGCCCACGGUCAUUAUUACUAGCCACCGGCCACAAACAGCCCUCUCCCUCCCUCUGCUGUCAGUGUGUAGCUCUCACUCUCUGUGGGUGUGUGGAUAUAACAGAGCCCCCGGCCUGGGCCUUCCCCCCCCCCCCUCCAUCCAUUCAUUGCUGACUGAACCCGGCCAAGGGCGGCUGGUCUCGCUGCCAUCCUGUGUAUAACACACUGUGCGCGGUGCGGACACCAUACAGGCCGGAGCGGGGAGCGGGCUCUGUGUGUACUGACUGCCGGUCACUGCUGCUGCUGGACUCUGUUACACCCUGAGGAGAAGGCAGCUCCAGAUCUCGUAAUCUAUGCCAGCAAUUAUGACCAUGUUAGCAGACCAUGCAGCUCGACAGCUGCUGGAUUUCAGCCAAAAACUGGACAUAAAUCUUCUGGACAACGUGGUGAAUUGCUUGUACCAUGGAGAGGGAGCACAGCAAAGAAUGGCUCAGGAAGUGCUAACCCACUUAAAGGAACAUCCCGAUGCAUGGACAAGAGUUGACACCAUUUUAGAGUUCUCGCAGAACAUGAAUACCAAAUAUUAUGGGCUUCAAAUAUUGGAAACUGUAAUAAAGACGAGAUGGAAAAUUCUUCCUCGGAACCAAUGUGAAGGUAUUAAAAAAUAUGUUGUGGGAUUAAUCAUUAAGACUUCUUCUGAUGCCACAUGUGUGGAGAAAGAGAAGGUGUAUAUUGGAAAAUUGAACAUGAUUCUCGUUCAGAUAUUGAAACAGGAAUGGCCUAAGCACUGGCCAACAUUUAUCAGUGACAUUGUCGGAGCAAGUAGGACCAGUGAAAGCCUUUGCCAGAACAACAUGGUCAUCUUGAAACUGCUUAGUGAAGAAGUAUUUGAUUUUUCCAGUGGACAGAUAACACAAGUCAAAGCCAAACAUUUAAAAGACAGUAUGUGUAAUGAAUUCUCACAGAUAUUUCAGCUCUGUCAAUUUGUAAUGGAAAACUCACAGAAUGCCCCACUCGUUCAUGCAACUUUGGAAACUCUGCUCAGAUUUCUUAACUGGAUCCCCUUAGGGUACAUCUUUGAAACCAAACUGAUCAGCACAUUAAUAUACAAGUUUUUAAAUGUUCCCAUGUUCAGAAAUGUGUCAUUGAAGUGCCUCACGGAAAUAGCUGGAGUUAGCGUGAGCCAAUAUGAAGAGCAGUUUGUAACUCUGUUCACAUUGACAAUGAUGCAGUUAAAACAGAUGCUGCCUUUGAACACAAACAUCCGUCUCGCAUAUUCAAAUGGAAAAGAUGAUGAGCAGAAUUUCAUUCAAAAUCUCAGUUUGUUUCUCUGUACAUUUUUGAAAGAGCACGGACAGCUUAUAGAAAAAAGGCUAAACCUGAGAGAAACUCUAAUGGAGGCUCUUCAUUACAUGUUGCUGGUUUCUGAGGUGGAAGAAACAGAAAUCUUUAAAAUAUGCCUUGAGUAUUGGAACCAUCUGGCAGCUGAACUCUAUAGAGAGAGCCCAUUUUCAACAUCUACAUCACCACUACUUUCUGGCAGUCAGCAUUUCGAUGUUCCACCAAGGAGGCAACUAUACUUACCUGUUUUGUCAAAGGUGCGUUUGUUGAUGGUCAGCCGAAUGGCAAAACCGGAGGAAGUACUUGUUGUAGAGAAUGAUCAGGGUGAAGUUGUUCGAGAAUUUAUGAAGGAUACGGAUUCCAUUAAUUUAUACAAGAAUAUGAGAGAAACAUUGGUGUAUCUUACCCACUUGGAUUAUGCUGACACUGAGAGAAUAAUGACAGAAAAACUCCACAAUCAAGUCAAUGGAUCGGAGUGGUCAUGGAAAAAUCUAAAUACCUUAUGUUGGGCAAUAGGGUCAAUCAGUGGAGCGAUGCAUGAGGAAGAUGAAAAGCGGUUUCUAGUUACAGUUAUUAAGGAUCUUCUUGGACUCUGUGAGCAAAAGCGUGGCAAGGACAAUAAAGCAAUCAUUGCAUCAAACAUUAUGUAUAUUGUCGGUCAAUACCCAAGAUUUUUGAGAGCUCACUGGAAAUUUCUGAAGACAGUCGUUAACAAGUUGUUUGAAUUCAUGCAUGAGACCCAUGAUGGUGUACAAGACAUGGCCUGUGAUACUUUCAUCAAGAUCGCACAAAAAUGUCGAAGGCAUUUUGUACAAGUGCAAGUUGGGGAAGUCAUGCCUUUCAUUGAUGAGAUCCUGAACAACAUAAACACCAUAAUUUGUGAUCUUCAACCGCAGCAGGUUCACACGUUUUAUGAAGCAGUUGGGUAUAUGAUCGGAGCUCAGACAGACCAAACUGUACAAGAACACUUAAUAGAAAAGUAUAUGUUGCUCCCCAAUCAAGUAUGGGAUAGUAUUAUUCAACAGGCAACAAAGAAUGUCGACAUACUGAAAGAUCCAGAAACAGUCAAGCAGCUGGGCAGCAUAUUAAAGACAAAUGUAAGAGCAUGCAAAGCUGUUGGUCACCCCUUUGUAAUCCAACUUGGAAGAAUUUACUUGGAUAUGCUAAAUGUGUACAAGUGCCUCAGUGAAAACAUUUCUGCAGCUAUUCAGGCAAAUGGGGAAAUGGUCACAAAGCAACCACUGAUAAGAAGUAUGAGAACUGUUAAAAGGGAAACUUUAAAACUAAUUUCAGGAUGGGUCAGCAGAUCGAACGAUCCCCAAAUGGUCGCUGAAAACUUUGUCCCACCUCUGCUGGAUGCAGUUCUAAUUGAUUACCAGAGAAAUGUGCCUGCCGCCAGAGAACCUGAAGUACUUAGCACAAUGGCUACUAUUGUAAACAAGCUCGGGGGCCAUAUUACAGCUGAAAUACCUCAAAUAUUUGAUGCUGUUUUUGAAUGCACAUUAAACAUGAUAAACAAGGACUUUGAAGAGUAUCCAGAGCACAGGACAAACUUUUUCUUACUUCUUCAAGCUGUUAAUUCCCAUUGUUUUCCAGCAUUUUUGGCUAUUCCUCCAGCACAGUUUAAAUUGGUUUUGGAUUCUAUAAUUUGGGCUUUCAAGCACACGAUGAGAAAUGUUGCAGACACAGGCCUUCAGAUUUUGUACACGUUAUUACAGAACGUUGCCCAAGAAGAAGCUGCAGCACAGAGCUUUUAUCAAACAUAUUUCUGUGACAUACUUCAACACAUCUUUUCUGUUGUGACAGAUACCUCACACACUGCAGGUUUAACCAUGCAUGCUUCAAUUCUAGCAUACAUGUUUAAUUUAGUGGAAGAAGGAAAGAUAAAUACACCCUUGAAUCCAGCAAGUCCUCUUAGCAACCAGUUAUUUAUUCAGGAAUAUGUGGCAAAUCUCCUAAAGUCAGCCUUUCCUCACCUGCAAGAUGCUCAGGUAAAACUGUUUGUGACUGGCCUCUUCAGUUUAAACCAAGAUAUUCCAGCAUUCAAAGAACAUCUUAGGGAUUUCCUCGUACAAAUAAAGGAAUAUGCUGGGGAAGACACGUCAGACCUUUUCUUGGAAGAAAGAGAAACUGCUCUCCGACAAGCGCAAGAGGAAAAACACAAACUUCAGAUGUCUGUUCCUGGCAUACUCAAUCCACAUGAAAUUCCUGAAGAAAUGUGUGAUUAGAUUUUAGAAGCCAAGUUAUGCUGUUGAUUUCCCUCCUCCUUCUGAACAUCAAUUUUGUUCAGGAAAAACAUCACUUUGAUUAUCGUUGACCAAAAUGAUGCCAAUUUGUAAAUUAUUAUGUCACCUAGUGGCCCUUUUUUCUUAUUAUGCGUUUUUUGUAUAAGAAAUUUUCUGUGAAAUAUCCUACAAUUGUUUCAAAGCUUUGGUCAUCCUUAGGUUUGCAUGAUAUUAAGGAUAUGUGUGUAAAUAUAUGUUUAUAUAUUUACACAUAUUCAUUUUUUUCUGCUCUCCUUUUAAUUCUUUCAUGCCCAUUUUGUGGCUUUGGGGUGAGGGCAAGUAAAUUGAUCUAGAACAACCCAAGAACCUAUAUUUGUUAUGUCUGUUGCAAGAGCAAUUCCUCCCCCUUCUGAACAUACAAAUUUUAAUUAAGUGAAGUUUUUUUUUUCCUCCUAGUUUAUAUUGCAGCCUAGAUGGAAUUUCAGCAAUUAUAACAAAUUUGACACUGCUGCAUUCUCCGAACAAUUUUUUUUGUUUUUGUUUUUGGUUGAGGUGGGCAAUACUACAUACAUACUGCAAGUUGGAAAGAAAAUCAUUUUGCAGCAAGAUCAUGUGCAUAUCAUCCCAUUGUAAAGCAAUUUCAGAAAAUAUGGGAACACAGUACAGUUAGUUAUUUUUACACAGUUUUUGUUUUUUUGUGUGUGUGCUGUCGCUAUGUCGACAACAGCUUUUUGUUUUCCUCAAUGAGGAGUGUUGCUCAUUUGUGAGCCUUCAUUAACGAGAAGUGAAAUGGUUAAAAAAAUAUUUAUCCUGUUAGAUUAGGCUUGCAUCUUUUUAACAACUCAUACAAUUCUGGCUUUUGAGAUGACUUGUACUAAUUUACAUUGUUUACCAUGCUGUAGUGCUUUAAGAACACUACUACUUAAAAAGCAAAAUAAACUUGGUUUACAUUUA